AGCAUCAAUUUAAGCUACCAACUGUUUUAUAGACAUGUCUGUUGUCCCUAUUUAAGGUCAGGUGAAAUGUUGGAGUUGGAUUUUCAAAGUGACCCGUCAGAUAUCAGAGAUCCCGAUACACACCUGAAAGACACCAAUGCAGAAGAAACCGCCACCAUCACAAACCAUCAGAAACGUCGUUAUAUGGUGUCACUCAGGGAAUAUUGCAAAAUAUUGUACCUAAAGCCAAAAAUGAAGAUAUGGAUACAAGGAAAGAAGGUGAGGACGCUGCUUAUCCGAAAGUCUCUCAGAAGGAGUCAAGAAGACACCUACAAACCUUCGUGGACUCCAAAUAAAAUUCCAAUUACAUUUGGAUUUGCGUCGACGCGUUUUGACGAUUAUGGAGCGAUGCUGUACCACUACAACCGCCUGAUACUAGCCUAUGAGAAACUAGGAUGCCAAAAACAGACAAACGACUUUGGAAAUGAUGUGAUUGCUGUGGUGGAGGCCAACGCUCUCGAAGUCAUAAACAACAAACAGGACUUCAUCCGUGAUGCCAAAUACAGCACCUUAAUGGAUAAUAUAUCAAAAAAACUGAGAGAUUAUUGGAACGUGAAAAAAGGCAAUGCUGUCGACAUGGAGGAUACCCUGAAAAACAAUGAUAAGCCCUUUGGCAAUUGGGUCCAGUGUGAUAACUGCAAUAAAUGGCGGCGCCUGCGCAAUGGAGUACAAGCAGAAGAUCUCCCCUUAAAAUGGUAUUGUCGCAAUAAUGAAGACCCCCAAUACAAUCGUUGUGAUAUAGAGGAGGAAGAAGAGACCGAAGAUGUCGAGGAAGAAAAAAGACGAAAGUACAGGAAAAUGAAGAUGAACCAACAACGAUUACAACGGGAGAAGUCAGGAACGCAAUCAAGGCAGUCAUUAGUGAACAACCUUAACAGAAGUCAAACAGUAAAUGAAGGUAUGGAUCAAGUGGAGAACAUCCUUGCAGGAGAGGACGUAAUGGACAUUUCUACAGCAGUGACACCAUCUCCAAGCUCUUGCCGUAAUGAAGCAAGUAGGAUGGAAACACCAGCUAAACGACUGAAGAUGGGUACUGUAGGCAUAAAUCAAAUUACGCUUACGAGUAACAAUAUUCCGCAGGAGAAUGAACAAGUAAUGAUGUUGGAUAACUUUGCUGAAACAAUAGCCAAGGAAUUAGUCCGAACGUGCAAUAAAGAAGAGACAGAAAAGAAGAGAAGAGUGGGCAUGACAAAAAAACCAACGGAGGUCAUGCAAAAAGUGGAUGAAAGUAAUAGAAAGUUAGAAGAGGCCAAUAAAAAGGCUAAUACAGAGAGAGAGCAGGCUAAUACAGAGAGAGAACAGGCUAAUACAGAGAGAGAACAAGCUAAUACAGAGAGAGAACAGGCUUAUAGAAAGUUGGAAGAUGCUAAUAGAAAGGCUAAUACAGAGAGAGAACAGGCUAAUACAGAGAAAGAACAGGCUAAUAGAAAGUUGGAAGAUGCUAAUAGAAAGGUAGAAGAGGCUGGUAGAAAAAUAGAGGAAUCGUUGAAAAGAGAAGAAAUUAGCCAGCAAAAGGCUAAUACAGAGAGAGAACAGGCUAAUAGAAAGUUGGAAGAUGCUAAUAGAAAGGUUGAAGAGGCUGGUAGGAAAAUAGAGGAAUCGUUGAGAAGAGAAGAAAUUAGCCAGAAAAAGGUAGCUAUGGCAGGAAGACAUCUUCAGGAGGCAGCACAAAAGGCUAAUACAGAGAGAGAACAGGCUAAUAGAAAGUUGGAAGAUGCUAAUAGAAAGGUAGAAGAGGCUGGUAGGAAAAUAGAGGAAUCGUUGAGAAGAGAAGAAAUUAGCCAGCAAAAAGUAGCUAUGGCAGGAAGACAUCUUCAGGAGGCAGCACAAAAGGCUAAUACAGAGAGAGAACAGGCUAAUAGAAUGUUGGAAGAUGCUAAUAGAAAGGUAGAAGAGGCUGGUAGAAAAAUAGAGGAAUCGUUGAGAAGAGAAGAAAUUAGCCAGCAAAAGGUAGCUAUGGCAGGAAGACAUCUUCAGGAGGCAGCACAAAAGCUCUUGUCGUAAUGAAGCAAGUAGGAAGGACAGACCAGCUAAACGACUGAAGAUGGCUAAUGUACACAUGAAUCAAGUUACGCCUACGAGGUACAAAAUUCCGCAAGAAAAUUAACAAAUAAUGAUGUUGGGUUACUUUGCGAUGCUGAAACACAAACCAAGGAAAUGAUCCGAAUGUGCAAAAAAGAGUAUGAAGAUGGACGAGGAAAGCAAUUUCUAUACGUGCUUUCUGAAUAAUCUUCUGUCUGAUGGGUGAUGUUCUUGCUAAAAACCAUCAUGAUGCUUUUGUGAGAAAAUUCUAAAGUUUAUGAUAGUAACUAUAUCUAGAUAAAAGCAAAUUUACGAGUUAAGGUGGCUCCACACUUUCGCAAUUGACCAGCAAAAUUCGUUGAAACUUUCUUAUAAUGGUUAUGCA